AUCAUCUCUCUCCAUCAUCGUAACUCAUAUCUCUGCUUUUUUUGUGGGUAAGUCACUCAUCCCUGUGCAGAGAGAGAGAGAGAGAGACCCACAACCAUGGUCUCUUGCUCGUUUAGCCCUUUCUCUUACUCUUGCUUCAUGACCAAUGUUACAGUGUGCGACAAAUUGAGACAUAGUCAUCCUCAGCCUCAAAACGACUUCCAAGUAAUUGGGUUCAGAAGAAAACCACAAGGUGUUGGUUCAGCUAAAACUGUUCAUUUGUAUUCUUAUUCACCACCAUCGAAACAAGUUCUUCUUCACAAGUGUGUUGUUCCCUUGGCUGCUUCUAUUGCUGUUCUUCUCUGCUCCGGUCCUGCUAAAGCUGGAUUUCUCUCGGGUUCCCCUGGAAUUGAAUCGGUACCUGGUCCUCAGCUACCUCAAAUUGACUUCCUCUCACGUUUUAAUGAAGAAAACCAGAAAAAAUAUGCAGAACUUGAUUCCAGAUUUAAGGAGUCUCCCCUGCUUAAGCGAUUGCUCGAGCAAUCCAAGUUGAAUAAAGAGAAGAACCGGCAAGAAAUUCUAGACAAGUAUUGCCUACGUGGAGCGGAAUGGGGUAUUGGAGAUUGUUCAGCAGAAGGGAUGUCUCUGGAUGAGAGAGAGAAAUUCAUUGCAAUGUUGAAGCAGAAGGCUGGAGUAAAAUGAGUGCAGCAGUUUCAGCUUAUGCUGAUGCUUAUUUUCAGAAUAGUAGCCAAGGUGAAGCAACUUCUUAGCUAAGUUACAUAUGGAGGCAGAGCAGGUACUGAAAUUAUAAAAAAGCCAAUUAACAAUUCCUCAACAUGGCAGAUCAAGCCAUGAAGCAUGCAGUAAUGGCUGCAUCAUUUGGAGAGUAAACUAUGUGCGUUUACCUUUUGUUGCGUAUGGUAAAAAAUAAGAUGUUUAUGUACAACAUAGCCGGUUUACUUCUUGUUUAAUUCUUGCUAUAUUAGUUUAUACCUUCAUAGUGACGAGUUAUUGGAGUUUUUAAUAUGUGAAGAGGCAAUUGUUUAAAUGUUUAGGUGCUUGAAGAUUGAUGAAGUCAUUUUACUAUUACCCAGAGAAUGGCUUUUUGCUGCAUGCAGUGUGGAGCUAGUGCCUUUCUUUUUCAGUUUUG